GGCACCAAAGAGGAAAAUGACAGGGCGGGAUGAGGAGCUUCUCCCGGCCAAUUUGGUUCCCUUCAACGACCAUUGCACGUCUACCUAUCGGUCUUCCUCCUUGAAUCUGCCGUUUCAACAACUUAUUGCGCGUUUCACAUACACCUUGUCUAAUUUCUGAUCGUUACGCGUGCCGCACACCCGUCAUGGCCAGCCGUGGAGGAGCUGGAGCUGGUCGCAAGACACUGCUUGCACCGAUCCAUUUUAUCUUCAGGCUUCUACAGCAAAGGACGACUGUUUCCAUUUGGCUCUACGAGCAGCUUGCUUUUCGGAUAGAAGGGAAGAUCAGAGGAUUCGACGAGUUCAUGAACCUGGUUAUUGACGACGCGGUUGAGGUCCGGCUACCCACAAAAACCGAAGAAGAGAAACGGAGAUCGCUAGGGCAAAUACUGCUGAAGGGUGACAACGUGUCGUUGAUCCAGGCUGUCCAAUCGUCUUGAAGAAAACGACCAUUUACAAUGAAGGAAAAAGAACAAAAAAAAGACUCUUCCCGGGUGAUAUCUUACGAUUUACCAUUGAGCGGCUGCUUUAUACAUCCAUUAAAUAGAGAAUGGUUAUGUUUUGUGGGAGGGAAUCUAUUUGAUGGUCUAUCGGCAUUCGUGGACGAGAAACUGGCCGUCACCGACAAUAACGGCAUCUACUAACCAAUCGUGCUCCAAAACCGGUAUUUCCUCUGCUGGAGGAAGCAGUUGCUCCUUAAGAGAGAGGGCGACUAGGAAGGGCAAUUUUGGCGUGUUUGUCUUGCUGUUCACUUCUUUUUUCGAGUACCUCGUCAAAAAAUGAUCAUAGUAUCCCUUGCCAUGGCCUAAUCGUCUAAAUCCACGAUCGAAAGCCAUUCCUGGCAUGAUAACUAGAUCCAAGCCAUGAUUCUCAUUCAUGGUUUUACCAUCUUCCUGAGGCGAAACUCCGUAUCCUCCGAAGCAGUUCUUCCUGCUGGACACCUGAGAUUGCUUGAGCGACGGAAUCCCCCAGUUAUCUGGCUCGAGCGAUUCAAACUCUUCGAGAGAUCGUAACGCGAGCAUGUCCAUUAUGGAAUUUUUCUGCUGCGCCAACGAGGACACCGCGCUGUGGAUGUAAGGAAUGUAGACAUCUUUGCCUUCUUUGAGAGCACUCUGGACUAUGCCAGUUGUGGAUAAUUCCCCAGAAGGCAUAGAGAGAUAUAUGCCUAUCCGUUUGGCAUUUCGGUAUUCG